AUGGUGCGGCUCACAUCGCUCUUCGCACGAGCUCUUCCCGUUGCGGCAUUUGCGGUCGCCGCUCCGGCUGCAUCUACACCGCAGCUCCGGAGACAGGUCGCGGGUGGCGAAGCUUGUGCCGAGAUUGGAAGGGUCUACGACGAAGCAAUCAUAACAAACACAACCGGUAUGUUACGUAGCUCCUUUCUGCGAGCAGAUACUAUCAGGUCUUCUGUUGAGUACCAGGAUAUGGUCCACCCUCCCGCAGAGUACCUUUACCCAGGCGUCGAUAUCUUUGGUGGCCUCGACAACAUUACCCAGUCCCUCGAAAAUGGAGGUUACGAGUCUCAAAUUGACUUCACUGUUGAUCUUUACAGACUGAUCAACGUCAAGCCUCGGGAUGGGCACUUGUCCUGGUCGCCUGUUCUGGGUGUAUUGAUCAGCUUUUCUACGCCAGCGUUGUUUAUAUCGAUUUCGGAAGAUGGCAUCAAGUCGCCCAGAAUUUACCUUUACUCUGACUACCAGAAGAGCACGGAACAAGGAUAUAAUGCGUCAGAGGUCAAGUCCUUUGACACAGCCCCAAUUGUUGACUACAUUCAGCAGCGGUCUGUUGACAACUCUCGAGACCAGGAUCCCGAUGCAGCCUACAACGAGCAGCUGUAUAGCGCAGCGCUAGAAAAUGUUCUCGAGACGACAAGCGCUGGCAGGCAUCUACACACAACCCUCAAUGACGAAAGCGUCAUCGAAUUCGCCAACGGAACGGAGGUAAUUGUCGUCAACAGAGCUCGCAUUGUUGCAAAUUUCUCCGGCAUCACGUCUGGUCAAGCAGUUCAUGAGCGCUUUGAGGUACCGCUUGACAAUGGCGAAGCGGAAGUCACCCUCAAUACCACGAGGAUCCCAUUCUCUCCGGCCUUGAAGGGGUACCCUGAACCUUCCGUCAUCCACGAAGACAGGUAUAUCAGCGGCUACUUCUUCAACGACUCGACUCUGGGAGACACCGCUGUACUGGCAGUGAAUGUCUUUAUGUCCCAAAACGGAACAGCUAGAACUGUUCUUGAGGCACUCGAGGAUCCCAUCGAGUUUGCUAGAGUUGCUAGCGAAUUCGUCAACAGGAGCAAGAGCCAGAACAAAACCAAGCUCAUCGUAGAUUUGCAGGGUAACGGUGGUGGUCUUGUGGCCAAUGCAAUGAGCCUAUAUGCGACACUAUUCCCAGAGGCCGGUGCAGAAGCGCACAUGAAUAUGCGGGUUCGGGCGCACGCUGCUUUGAACUGGGUCGGAAGGACUGCCGAAAGACUGGGCGCAGACCUGAAGACCCUUCCUUACCCGGUUGGUUUCAAUGGCUUCGUCGACGAAGACCUGAGAAACUUCACAAGCUGGGAGGAUUUUUACGGCCCUGAGACAAUCGAGGGCAGCAACUACACUAAUGUCGUGCAACCUCUGGAAGUAGCCUACGCCCGUACCGGCUUGCCCGGCAUCUUCGAGAUCCCGGAGCCGUGGUUCAAGCCAGAAGACACCGUCAUUCUAACCGAUGGCCACUGUGCGUCUGCCUGUGCCUACAUCGUUGGCAUGAUGAUCCGGGAGCUAGGCAUUCAGGUCGUGGCUAUAGGAGGACGACCUAUCCAUGCGCCGAUGCAAGCUGCGGGAGGAACCAAGGGCGGACCAGUCAUUUCGCUGGGACCCUAUCAGUCCAUUUAUCCUGCUCUCGGGGUGUUCGUCAAGCCCCCAGAGGGAAUCGACAUGACGCCCUUCGCCGAGCCGAAGCCCCCGCUCGCGGGCUUAUCUACUGACACAUGGACCGUCAACUCGGCCAACAUCUAUCUCGACGACGAUCUCGAUAGCGUUCCGGUGCAGUUCAGGUAUGAAGCGGCAAACUGCAAGCUCUACUAUACCUGGGAGACCUUGACAAACAUGACUACUCUGUGGACCGCGGUGGCAAAUGCCAAGUGGAAUGGUGCCAAGUGUGUACCGGGCUCGACCACCAAUGACGAUGACACCAUAGGAUCAGUUCCUGGGUACACAGAUAAGGUUGUGUCCAGCUUCAAGUGGGCAGCCGGCCCUGGAGACGUAGAUGGUGCAUUAGGCUCGGGCAAUGGAGAUGGUGGAAACGGUGGUAACAAUGAGGGUAAUUCCGGUGAUGACGACGAGAAUGCUGCUGGCUCGCUGCGGGCUAGUUGGAAGGUGCUGGCUUUUGUGCUGUCUGUUUCUACUUUGCUGUUUGCCACGUGA